AUGGUACUGAUUCCAAAUACAAAUAUUGUAGUAGAUGGGUUUAAACACUCAGCAGAAUUGGAAAAUCCUUUCUACGUAUUCUUUUUAACGCAUAUGCAUUCUGAUCAUUAUCAAGGACUUUCACCUUCUUGAAAUCGUGGGCCUAUUUAUUGUUCCCCGCCAACUGCACUUAUGCUGCAUGACAGAUUCCCGGAUAUUCCAAAUAUUUUUGCAUUAGAAAUUGGAGAAACGCAUUGGGUUCCUCUGAACACGCAAAAAAGCAAAGGAGUCAAUGUGACGUUUAUUGAUGCAAACCACUGUAUAGGAGCUGUUAUGAUUUUGUUUCAAGGCGAAAUGGGGACUGUUCUUCAUACUGGGGAUUUUAGGUAUAUUCCGUCGAUGCUUGAGCACCCUGCUUUGCUUGACAGUUCAGGACAGGCAAUUACCAUAAAUCAUUUGUUUCUGGACAAUACAUUUUGUAGCCCAGAAUAUAAUUUCCCUCCAAGAGAAGUAUGCACUCAAAUGAUAAUUGAUGCAAUUGAUGAAAACCCAGAAUCUGACAUAUGGCUUGCUAUUGAGAAUUUUGGAAGAGAGCAUCUAUUAAUUGACCUUUCACUCCAUUUCAAUACACGAAUUGUAGUUAACCAAUCAAUGUUCAACAGAAUCCAGCUUUUAAAUGUCAGGCCUGACUUAUUCAGCACUAAUGAAGAGGAUGGCUGGAUCCACGUAGUAUCAAAAGCAGAAAUGAAAAAUAUCAUCCCAAGGAAUAAAGAAGGAUCUUCAACUAUAGGGAUUUUCCUAUCUGGGUGGUAUAAGUAUUACAGCAAGGAUGGAAAAUAUUUCUAUGUAAAAUUCAUUUAGAAAGUUCCUUAUUCUUUGCAUUCGAAUUACUAUGAAAUGCAAACCUUUGUAGAAAAAAUUAAUCCUCAGAAAUUAACUUAUGUGGCAGUAUGCUCUAUGUCGCUAAAAGGGACGUUUGAACUUAUGAAUAUGGUGAUGAAAGACAAAGAAAUAAAAGAUGCGCCCUUGCAAGAACUUGAUUUGCAGCCUCCUAUCAAAAGAAAAGCUGGAAACCCUGGAAAAGCUUGCCUAAAAAAGGUUAAAAGGCCAAAAUUCAUAGGCAGCCGAAUAACAUCUGCUGAACCCCCUUCCGGAGAGUAA